AUGGAGGCGGGACUCAGGUUCCGCACUCCAGCUGCUGGCGUCCCCCUGGUGUCGCGGUCGUCGUCGCCGAACCCCGAAACGGAGGACGAGAGUCGGAUCACCGACGUGGAGCUGGAGGAGGAGGAGGAGGCCGGCGUCCGGUCGGCAGGGCAGGAGGCCGAGGUGCCAACAAUCGACCUGGCCUCAUCGGAGGAAGAGGAGGAGGACACCGGGACGGAGACGGAUGCGGAGGGCCGCGGACGGAUUCGGGCGGAUCCGAUUGGGCGACGCAGCGCCAUCGGGCCGCCCGGAGGAGGUGAGGCGGAUAUUCGCAACCCGGGCGGACGUGGUGCGGAAAGUAUUCACGCAGCGGGCGGUGGCAGAGAGUGUCAGAAGCGGCUGGAUGAGCCCGAGGCCGAAGAGGCGGCGAUAUGGGCACAGCCGGGCCCUCCGGAGCAGCCGCCGCCGCAAGCACCGCCACCGCCGUCGACUCCGCAGUCGCCGCCACCGCUGUCGCUGUCGCAGCCGCCACCACCACCGUCGCCGCCGCAGGGAGCACCACCGCCACCGCCGUUGCUACCGCAGGCAACGCCACGGCCAUCUCAGGCACCUCGGCACGGAGCGGGAACACCACCGCCUCCACCGCCGCCGUGGGUGCUAACGCCAUCGCCGAUCUGGAGAACGGGCCCUGGCAAGGCCGUCUAUGAGUCGCCAGCAGUCGGCGAACAGCAGGCGCUGGGAGGAGGUGGCCGAGGGAGGGUGGCCGCCGAGGGUGGCAUCCGAGGCUGGCAAGCAGGUGAAGAGGGCUCGGAGCAGCCGCUGGUCCAAGCUGGUCGUAGCAGAUGGCGUCCGCUACCGAAUCCGAGUGUCGGGCGGGGUGGUGAGGGUCCUGAAGGCCCAACAAAAAGCCUUUGA